AUGGGCAUUGCCUCGUUUUUUCGGUGGGUUGUAGCACGCUACCCCAGGGCGCUGCAGGCGGCCGUUGAGGAGGCCCCCGUCACCGAUCAGGCGGCGCUCGAGAACGGGAACUACCUUGACGACAACGAUUAUCUUCACGUCGACGUCAGUCUACCUAAUCCUAACGGAGAGGAGUUCUCGAACCUGUACUUUGAUCUGAACGGCGUUGUCCAUAUGUGCACGCACCCCGAAGACCGCCCGCCUCCGGCAACGGAGGAGGACAUGUUUCAGGACGUCUUUCGGUAUAUGGACCGCAUUGUUGCGCUAGUUCGACCUCGUCGUCUCAUCUACAUCGCUAUUGACGGCGUUGCGCCGCGGGCGAAAAUCAACCAGCAGCGCACGCGGAGGUUUCGGGCCGCCAAGGAAGCCCGUGAGAAAACGGAGGAAGAGGAGAAGCUGCGCGCACUUUGGCGAGAGCAGGGCCUUCGCGUGCCGCCGAAGCCGAAGAAACCCUUCGAUAGCAAUGUCAUCACACCUGGAACGCUGUUCAUGGAGCGACUCGCUGUUGCGCUCCGGCGCUACAUCCGUGAACGGAUUCGCUCUUGUCCCGCCUGGCGUUCACUGGUCGUUAUCUUAAGCGACGCCAGUGUUCCCGGCGAAGGCGAGCACAAGAUAGCAGAGUUCAUCCGAACGCAACGAGCGCAACCGGGUUACGACCCGGAAACGCGCCACGUGCUCUACGGACUGGAUGCGGACCUUAUCAUGCUUGCGUUGGCAACGCAUGAGCCCCAUUUCUUCAUCCUGCGCGAGCGCAUAUACUUUGACUCGCGGGCCGACAAGGCUAUACAGGCUGUAAAGGCAAUGAACGCACAACAGACGCCAGCGGGCGAUCGUAUUGAUCACAAGACCGGGACGUCGGCUGGGCCUGGUCUUCCAUUGCCAGAGCGGCCCUUUGACUUUUUCCGUAUCGAUCGUUUACGAGAGUACCUGCAAGCCGAGUUUCGGGACGCACUGCAGCAUGACGCUGUGCGGCAACCUCGUGAGCCGCUUGACGUCGAAAUCGCUCUCGACGACUUCGUGUUUCUGUGCUUCUUCGUGGGCAACGAUUUCCUACCGCAUUUACCUUCGUUGGAGAUUCGUGAGGGUGCAAUCGACUUCCUCCUCGAGGUAUACAAGUAUAAGUUUCAGCGGAUUGGUCAUCUCACGGAUGGACACGGUGGCAUCCAUUUCGAUCGAGUUCGCGAGUUGCUUCGGGAUGUUGCGCAUGUAGAGGACAGCGUCUUUCGGGAGCGGGCUCGCGCCGCUGGCGAGCCCCCGACGCCGGUGUCACAGCAUGCUGCGGUCGUGUCGGGAGCUUCCACGGCAGCUGCGCGGACCCAUACGGUUCCGGAAGUGAGCGCCAAGAAAGAAAGCGUUUCCGCGUCUACCCUGAGCAUCAAGGCAGAUGCAGAGACACCGCCGUCUCCUGGUGUGCACGUAGACGAACUCGACGCAGGUGUCUCUGCGCCGCAUCGACAGAAGCGACAUGCGUCAGAACAACAUCAGAAACGAGCUGCAACAGAGGCCGAUCCUGGCCUGGGACUUGUACCUCUGCCCCGCAAACACGUUAAAGAGAACAGGGCAACUAGUUUGCGCGACUGGAAGCAGCUCGAGCAUCAUCGAUCGGAAGCGGCUGUCUCGAACGAAAUCGACAAGAUCGAAGCGGAGUCCUCGCGCAUCACUGCUGCUGGCGGGGAUGCCGAACAGGCACUACAAGCACAUUGCGAGCAGGUGCUCGCGUCCGUUGCAGCACCCGUUGAACCAUCUGCUCGAGACGAUGACAACGAUCACGAUGACGAUGGUGUUGAUGGGACUAGAACAGCAGCAGCUGCUGCAGCUGAAAGCACGGGAGACAGCAACAGAAAGCGCGCUGACGGUGUCCGAGGGAAACGACGACGAAUCGUCGAAGAGGACUCGGAGGAUGCAUCUCCGCUGGGGCACGGAACGCGCCAAACGAGCACCCUCUCGCCCUCUGCAAGCACUGACCAGUGCUUGGCGUGCCCAGAUGACGCAAACGCCACAGACACGAUUCGCACCGCACUCGGAGAUCAUAGCAAAACAAGCAAGAAGAGCGGCGAGGGUGUCGAUGCGAGCCUCGCGACGGGUCGGUUAGCAGCGGCGGAGGCGAACACUGCAGCAUCGCUGGAGACAGCGACACUGCCGGCUGCCGCCGAGAGGCAUCAGUCGGUAACCGAGGCGUCCACCGAGACGCUCAGCGUUCCCGAAACUUUUGGUGAAGCGCCCGAAUCGGACGAUACUGAUGAUGAUGAUAAUGAGGAUGAUGUUCUCGACGAGGUCCUCGAUCAUUACACCGACGCUGCAGGUCGACAAUUUGAACACAUCCUGCGCGAGCGUCUCAAACAGCGACAAACGCGACCACCAACGGAAGAGGAUCCUGUCCGAUUCCACUUGCCUGGUUGGAGGGAGCGCUACUAUCAGAGCAAAUUUCCGCAUUGGCCGCCGCUUGACACCGAGGCCGGAGCCCAGGCGCUGCAGCGUCUCUGUCGUGCUUAUUACGAAGGACUCUUGUGGGUAUAUCGUUAUUACUAUGCGGGAUGUCCCUCAUGGGGCUGGUUCUACCCCUAUCAUUAUGCACCACUCGCGAGCGAUCUCGCCCAAUGCUGCGUAGACCAGAAGGAUAUCGUGUUUGAGCGCGGUGCGCCGUUCACGCCCCUGGAGCAGCUCAUGGCAGUUUUGCCAGCAUCAAGCGGCGCCCAGUGCCUUCCGCGGAUUCUCUACGAACUCAUGAUCAAUCCGCAUUCUCCGAUUAUCGAGUAUUACCCGACAGAUUUUGCGAUCGAUUAUAACGGUAAGAGAUUCGCCUGGCAAGGGGUUGCGCUCCUGCCUUUUGUCGACGAGCAACGUCUCCGUCUGGCUAUACAGAGCGUUCUCCAGGACGGUAGGGCGGCGGAUCGUGAGCACGACCCCGACAAGCGGCGAAUGCUCGAACGAGCCGACCCCACCAGAGCGUUCGGUACGGCGAUACUGUUUGCGCAUCGAGACUCGGAACUUGGUCUGCACCUUGCCCGGGUCUGGACGGAUGCCACUUUGUCGCGUAUCGGACUCAAACUGAACCGCAGCGUUGGCAAUGGCGUCUUUGGACGGGUGCUACCUCUCAACGAGACACCAGUCGGGGAUCAGCAUCAGCACGAGGCACAGCGAUGCGCCAGUGACUGUACACCAGACGCAAACGAUGAACACCAGGAGCGCUCCGUUCUCCAAGGCAUUUGGACCAAUGCGAAGCAUCUACCUCACGUGCCACAGCUGUUGCCUGGUUCCAAACAACCGCCGUCGGUGCUAGGCGAUGCUGACUUGCAAGCGCUUUUCGCGGGCCGUGCUGGUUGGAAAUGUGCUCGUUUUGGGGUUCUGGGACAUGCCGCCGAAACGUGGCGCCGCAAGCGCCUUGCGGAAAGCGCGCAAACGCCAAAUGUUCCAAGCGUGGACACUGGUAUGCGCGCGGCGCUAUCUGGUACCUGGUCCAGCGCUUGGCCCCCAGUGCCGGAGAACGGCACGACGAUGACGUGGCCUUGGUCGACAGGCGCGUUUCCGCAGGCAUCGGCAUCGAGCUCUUCAGGUGCGGAGACUGCGUCCAUGCAGUGGUGGCAGCAGCAGCAGCAGCAGCAGCAGCACGCCAUGCCGGCGUUUGGCGCGGCUGCAAGCGCCUUGAUGCCCCAGUAUAAUCCGUCGGGUUUCAUGCCUUCGUACACGGCGGCGAUGAACGGAACCAUUGCAUCUGGAUCUGCAGGAUAUCCAGCAAGUCAGGAUGCGAUCCUGGCUGCCUACUACGGAUACGGAAAUCCAUGGAUGCCUCUGGAUACGAGGACAACAACUACAAGCAACCAGGCAAUGUCAUCCGGAUCUGUUCUACCGCUGGGCUACGGAGCGACUGUUCCAACGUACAGCGGCUGGGGCGCACCCCAUGCACUGGGCGGUAUCCAGGGCUCGCUGCACCAGGCGCCAUACGCCUCCGCUUGGCAACCAGCGGUGGAGACGCAGACGGCUACGACGCGACGAUCCCGUCCAAGACGUGGAAGGAGGCCCUCAACGAACAACGGAGGCCGGCAAGCUCCCUGA